UGCGUAAUAGCGCACCCAGUUUGGGGAGGGAGGGCAGCGGCGGCACCGGAGCACAUUCCCCCGCGCGCGCGUGCGCAGAGGAUAAAACACCGCCCGGGGACUGAGGCGCGGGUUUGGUGGCGCGUUUUAGCGAAGUCGCACGUGAAGAGUAGCAGUGGCCGAAGGCUGACCCAGCAUGGCAGGUUCAAGUAGCACUUGGCCAUUGUGCAAGCAUCUGUUUAAAGUCAUCCUGAUGGUCCUCGUGGCCCUUGUCCUCCUCCACUCAGCGUCAUCUGAGUCCCCUCAAGACUUUCCGCUACCGGGCCAGCAAAAGAGGGAGGUCCCACGUGAUCUCCUGAGCCAGACCGGACGGUCCGUGCGGAGAACGCUGGAUGCCUGGGUCGGGCCAGAGACCAUGCACCUGGCUUCUGAGAUGGCGGCUCAGGUGAUGGGCGUCGCCGCCUCAGCCAUCUCCGUGGGCUGCUUCGCGCUGUCUGGGAUCUCUGCCCAGCUGCUGAAUGCCUUGGGACUCGAUGGAGAUCACCUCACGCAGGGCCUGAAGCUCAGCCCCAGCCAGGUCCAGACCUUCCUGCUGUGGGGAGGGGCGGCCCUGCUCAUCUACUGGCUUCUGUCCCUCGUCCUCGGCUUGCUCUUGGCCUUGUUGGGGCGGAUCCUGUGGGGCCUGAAGCUGGCCAUCUUCCUGGUCGGCUUUGUGGCCCUGGUGAGGUCGGUGCCUGACCCUUCCACCAGGGCCUUGCUCCUCCUGGCCUUGCUGACCCUUUACGCUUUGCUGAGCCGGCUCACUGGCAGCCGGGCCUCGGGGGCCCAGCUGGAGGCCAAGAUUCGGGCACUGGAGCGCCAAGUGGAAGAGAUGCGCUGGCGGCAGACGCGAGCAGCCAAGGGGACCCGGGGCGUGGAAGAGGAGUGAGAAGGACGCCUGGCAAUGCCACCUUCGUCAUACCAAAGAGCUGAGCUGCUUCUGGGUCACUGGACCUCCUUCCAGCCCCCAGCCCCUCUCUUGCCCUGUCUCUAAACCCUCAGAACUUUGAUCUCUGCACAAGACCCCCUAGCUGAGAGGGAGGACGACCAUUCCCCCUGCGGGUCUUCUGUCUGGGGUUGGUUUGUUCUCUUACCCCUUUCUCUGCUCCUCUGACCAACCCCCCCCCCCCCGCCCACCUAUCUCAGCCAGGGUAGCUUGGAGAGCAGCCUCCCCACUCCCCCCAGCUUUUGCAUCUGCUCUCAGCAAACAACAUCACUACCACUGGCCACCUGUGACUCUGCCACCACCUUGCCUUCCUGCUGUUGCUGUUGCUUCCUGCCCUUCUCUUGCCCCUCCUUUGCCGAGUUCCAGCUCCCUUCCUGUUUGUCUCCUUCCAGCCCUGUGCUCCAACCAAACCACUGCCCCUCAAGGCCUGCUCCUGUCCCCUUCAUUGCCCAGCGUGGGAAAGAGGCAGGGUAUAUGGGACUUGAGGGGAAGAGAAAUGGGGAUGUUCCCCCACGGGGCUGGGGGGCGAGGUAUACAUGGAAGUCUGUUACAAGUGCCUUAAUCCGAGCCAGCGGGCCCUCUGCCCGCCCGCUGCUCUACCGCAUUUAAGAAAGCAUGCUGUGGCCACUCCGUGUCAAGAAGAGAGUGGUUCCUCUCAGGACCUUGAUUCCCCUUCAGCCACAGCAAAAGGUGACUGCUUCGUAGGCUGUGCCUGCACGUAGGACUGCGUGGUGGCUGUCAGAUCCCCUGUGGGAAUUUCAGGGACCUGAGGAGGAAGGGAGACUCCUUCUUGACUGCAGAGCUCCAGGCGGGUCUCCACAUCUCUGUCUCCACUCACUGCCACCAAGGAGUCGCUGAUCCGGGCCCACUGCAGUGGCCUGGGAGGAUCAUGGAGCAGAUACACCAGAGAUGGCACCACAGCCCUUUCCUCUCACACUCUCUGCAGGGAGCAGGGGGAGCCUGCUGACCCCGCUCCACCAGGGCUCUCCUGGAGGGGGGCACCCUCCUGUGCCAGGCCGGGCAGCUGACCCACGUGACAGGAAGAGGGAAUAAUGUGGAAUCACAAUCCCAAUGUGGAAUCACAGCUGCAGUGAUACAUAUUUUUAUCAGCGCUUGGUUCUAAAUAAAGUGCUCGCUGUUUUA